CAUGAACACAGAUGACAUGAAUAUUUUUAUGACCACAAUGAAUAUGCGCUGCUAUGUCCUGACAUGGGUCAUAUCCACACACAUAGGUAUCUGUUGAAGUAUUGAGUCAGACGUGCCGUAAACAUGAAAACGUCCUCAUUCACACUCGCAAUCGCGGCGCUGAUAGCAGCGUCGCUCCAGGAUGCCGACGCGUGUACGGCUAUUGUCCUUGACGGAAAAGCGGUUCAGGGGGGAUACCCCACUAUAUCUACCAACGGAGAUGCAGCUGACGGUGACUGGCGCCUAGCUAAAGUACCUGCAGCACAGUAUGAGACUGGGGCUCUGAGACCCGUGUAUGAAAUAUACCAGUACUACCCACACACAGUCAAUAGUGCGAGAUCAGCUACUUGGGCUAAAGACAACCUGGAAGAUGUACCCCAGGCGGUGAAUUGGACCGAGGCUGAGCCGAUUGGAUAUAUUCCUCAGGUUAAGGAGACGUAUGGGUUGCUUGAGACUGGUCUGGGCUAUGCGCUGAUCAACGAGAAGCAGGUGGCGACAGGAGAAUCUUCGUGUCACAGUCCCUUCGUCGCCAAGCCCAUCAACAAGGGCGGUAAAGCUCUGUUCGAUGUAGGAGCUCUCACCAUGGUUGCCCUGGAGCGUGCUAAGACAGCACGGGAAGCGAUUCAGAUUAUGGGAGACUUGGCCGAGGAGUACGGGUACUACGGUGCCGAGUACGAUGGCCCGGAGGCCUUUGCCAAGGAUGAGAGUGGCGAGGCUAUUCCCGUGGCGGAUACCACUGAAGCGUACAUGUUCCACAUUCUUCCCGAUCCAACUGGAGCCUCAGCCAUCUGGGCUGCUCAGCGCAUUCCUGACGGUCACGUGUCUCUUUCUGCCAAUGCAUUCGUAAUUCGCGGCAUCAAAAAAGACCAUCCCGAUUUUAUGUACUCCAAAAACCUGUUUUCCGUCGCUAAGGAGCAGAAGUUCUGGAAGGAGUCCGAUGGCGAUCUGGACUUCGCCUGGGUGUACGGAUCAGCAAAAAUGCACUCAGAGUACUCACUCAGACGUGUGUGGCGGGUGUUCUCCAAGCUAGCACCUUCGCUCAAGUUGACCCCUGAUUCCCCGCUCCCUUUUUCUGUGCCUGUUGAUACGGAGGUGUCUCUAUCUGACGUUAUGGAGUUGACUCGCGAUCACUAUGAGGGGACCGAGUUUGAUCUGACCAAAGGUGUGUCUGCCGGACCUUACGGAGACCCCGAUCGCUACGACCAGCACGCUGUAGAGGGAUUGACUCGCGCCGAGGUUAAGAAGGGCCAUGCUUACGAGCGUGCCAUAUCUUUGUACCGAACUAACUACGCCUAUGUAGCCAGUGGGCGCGCCGACCUGCCCGAUCACAUUGGAUCUUUGCUGUGGUAUGUCCCUCACCAGCCGAGUGACGGCGCGUACGUCCCGGUAUAUACCGCUUCGACCGAGCUACCUACCGCGCUAACCGUGGGCUCGCACUUCAGGCACCGUUCCGAUGCGUUGUGGUGGAAGUACUGCUUGGUGAGCAACUGGGCUCACAAGUAUUACACCCACAUCAUGCGCACUAUCGUUCGCCCGGAGAUAGACCGCCUGGAGGAGGAUGUAUUCAAGGCUACAGCCAAGGCCGAGAAAAAGGCGCUCAAGCUCUGGGAGGUUGAUGCCCGGGACGAGACCGUGGCGCAUCUCACAGAGACUACCACGAAACUGGUCAACGGUGUUGCGUCUGCGUGGGAUGAGCUGUUCCAAAGGCUUGUGGUAGCGUACCACGAUGGAUUCCACCUUGAGGAUCCUAACGGUGCACGGGUCAAUGUGACAUCCAUCUUCUAUCCCAAGGAGUGGCUGUUCAACACCGGGUUUUUCGCCAAGUCUCCUGAGACCAACGACAAGCAUAUGAUUUCGCUGGGUUGGUUGGCGGUGAGUGUGGCACUUGCGGCGUGCGUGGCUGCGGUGGCGGGAUAUGCAGUGGCCGCUCACCGGGGCAAGAAACAAGGGUAUCAUGCCAUUUGAAGGGCUCACGGUUUGACUGCACGCCACGGUACGGUACAGUGACUGGGUACACCAUACCUCGUUGUUGGAUGUUUGGCGCAACAACUCGUGUCAUGCACAUUUCGUGAUUUGGCACCGGUGUGUGUAUCCAUGGAGGGGGGAGAAGGUUACGAAUCACGUAGCCCCGGCGUUUCAUGCGAAGUGCGCAAAACUCAAUCGGUAGAUUUGCUGGCGAUAAGCGAAAGCUGCAACGGCGCGCACAAUUCCGGCCCGAACCGAAUGCAAACGAAUGUAAGCUGCUAGUUGAGAACAUUUAUAAGAACUGUAUAAAAUGAUGAGGAAACUCCUAGUAGUUGGCAUAUUAGUGAAAUAAAAAAAAUAAAAAAUUUAUUGGAUGU